ACCCGCUAUAAUAUCAUGUUGACACUCGCAAUUGGUGACUUGUUCAUCCCAGAAAGAUCGAUCGAUCUACCAACAAAGUUUAAAAAGUUGUUGGCACCCAAUCCAAAUUCCAUACCAUCAAACAACAAGAUAUCACGAGUUGUCUGUCUAGGCAACAUACUCAACUCUCAAGAGUCCCUUAAAUUUCUUCAUAAUCUAUCACCACAAUUCAACUUGGUCAAAGGAGAAUAUGAUAAUUCAACCAUUCUUUCCCAGCAGUUGAGUAUUCUUAGUCAUAAUAAAGAGGAAAUUAUACCUUAUUGUAAUGUAUUUACUCAUGACAACCUAAGAAUUGGAUAUACUAAUGGGUAUCAAAUUGUUCCCAAGGGAGAUCCAUUGGCAUUACUGGCAUUUUCUAGGGAAUUAGAUGUAGAUAUUUUGAUCUGGGGUGGGUCACAUAGAGUGGAGGCGUAUACUUUGGAUGGAAAGUUUUUUGUCAAUCCCGGUAGUGCCACUGGGGCCAUAACUUUCGAUUGGCCAGAUAAUGAAGCUUAUGAAGAAGAAGAAGAAGCAAAUAAAGAAACAGAAAUGAAAGAAGACAAGCCAGAUGAGAAGAAGGAAGAGAAGGAAACGGAACAAGGUAUUGAAGAUCAAACAGAAAGCAAACAAGAAUCUAGCAAGAUUAACAAAGAAAUCUUGUCAGAAGUCACCGAACUCAACUCCAAUAUCCCCUCAUUCUGUUUGUUGGAUAUACAGGGGUCAACUUGUAUUCUCUACAUAUACACCUAUCUCAACGGCGAAGUCAAGGUAGACAAGGUCACUUACACCAGGGAUUGAUAUUAAUAUUAAUAUAUAAAUACAAUUGAAAAAGUACAAACUAAAUGCCAUUAUGCUUGAACAGAAGAGUAAUGUAAUACAAAUUCCUUUCUAAUCUUUUCCCAAUUAUGAGGGUCAAAGAAUAUGUAUACACCCUUUUCCACAUCUUGACUUAUCAACACAGGUUCUACAUUACUAUCUUUAGUCAACCAUACUUGAAUGUCCUUGUGAUAUCUCCAAUUCCUAGCCACCAAUUCUCUAGCAGCAUAUUCUUGCAAUGUAUCUCUUGGUUUCAUAUAGAAUAUAUAAAACAAGGUUUCGUCGGUAAAACUUUGGAUUUUGUUAUCGCAAGGACCAGGACCAGGUACGAUAUUCUCUGAUCUUAUCUCAGGAGGUAAGGUGAAAUAUGGCUCUACUUCUGAUCGUGAAGUUUCUGCCCAUGGUGAUGCAAGAUUUUUUAAUAUUUCUGAGUCUUUACUUAGGUCUAAUCCACUUUUACUUAUAUCUUGCCCUAUGGCAAAAUUGGUGAGAUCCGAUUGGUCCAUUCUCACUAACGAUGUCAAUCCUUCCAAUCCAUAUCGAUUCAUAUCUUGUUCACUAUUCUCGUUGUCUGUUGAUACACCUGUUACUGGCAUGAUGAAAAUUCAAUUUUUGAUAAAAGAUGUCCUUCUAGUUACACGAAAUACACUGGUGUUGGUUAAUAGUUUGGUU